CAUACACAAGCCUCGGCUUCCACGCCCCUUCGAGCUUGUGCAUCCAGCUAUCUAGGACCCGGUGUCCCUCUGCUUCUCUUCGCUUAGUACAUACCUUUUUCUUUAAACAGGGAUCAGUCGCAGGUCGACCAGUCCGCUUUACACCAGCCCCAAGGUAGCCCCCUUAAACACAGACAUGGUCCAAUUUUCCACCCUUUUGGGUGCCUUUGCCCUCACUGCGGCCACCGUCUCAGCCCACCCCAAUAUUUUCCCCCGCGACCUCCCCGACACGUCUGGCAACAAAAACAUCGGUAACGGCAACGGAGCACAGUUCAUCGGCGGGCAGUGCAACGGCCAGGCUGACUGUAAUCCGUCAGCCUGCUGCGCCAAGUUUCCCUUUGGAGGCACAACCAUCGGCCUCUGCUCGGGCACGGGUGCCGACAAACAGGCCGGCAAGCAGGGUUGCGGUUUCGAGGGCGGCACUGCGACACCGGCGACCCCUGCCAAGCCCGAUGGCGCCGCCGGCGCCGCCGGUGCUUCCGUGAGUAGCGCUGUCGCUCCAGGUGCUUCGUCCAACCCCUCCUCUGUCACGCCUCCCGGGUCCCCCAAGCUCGUUGCCGACCCGAACAGCGCAACGCAUUUUGGCAAAAAAGACGGCCAGCAGUUCAUCACCGGCGGCUGCACUUCCGACGCCGACUGCGCCACCAAUUGCUGCGCUCUGGUCAGGCCCCAGGACGGCAGCCCAAACUUUGGCAUCUGCUCCAACAUCGGCCCCGGCACCCCGUUCGCCGGCGAGAAGGAUGGCUGUGGCUUCCCCGUUGGCGGCGGCGGCGCCAAGGCUCCCACCAAAUAAAUGCCUGCCUUGCCGACGGCAACAACAGACCCCUUUCGGUUACCAUCAUUUCUGGUUACGGCUAUAGCGACAUGAUUACAUUCUUUUUUGGGAGGCCUUUUGCUUUUUUUGCAUUUUAAUUCCUGAGGACGCCCCGGGUUUCGCUCCUUCAACCGCGGGAGCGUCCGUCCGUUCGCUUAUUAUACACAAGCGCCGCGAACAAAUAUCCACACUCGUCAGCCAUGUGGUUGUCUGGAGAGGGAUGGAGACAACCACAUGGCUGACAACGCCGCCACCUUCGUUUACAAAUCGCACCGCACCGCACCAGGCCAGACCUGCACGGCCCGCCUGCAGUGCUAACGCUCGUUUCUUUCACACAUGAACACAGUCGUU